AUGGAACUCAUACUCGGGCAUCUAUUCCAGUUGAAAUCCAAGGAAGAUGUCACAAAAAUGGCGUCCGAUGUACUCCCUGUGAAUGGCGGCCAUGGCAGUUACAGCUACUCCAAAUAUUCCUACUAUCAGAGACUCUCUGCAAGUGUGGAAAACACAAAGAUUGAUGAGGAAAUUGCUGAGAAGCUUGAUGUGUUAAACUUCUGUUCUACUGCCAAAACGAUUCGUAUUGCAGAUUUGGGAUGUGCAACUGGACCAAACACAUUUUUUGCCAUGCAAAAUGUAAUCAAAGCUAUAAUGCAGAAGCAUCAAUCCCUGUGCCCACCUUCUCCACCGCCAGAAUUCCAAGUGUUUUUCAACGACCAAAUCUCAAAUGACUUCAACACUCUCUUCACUGCUCUCCCACCAGAGAGAAAAUACUUUGCAGCAGGAGUGGCAGGUUCUUUUCACAACAGGCUGUUUCCAGAAUCCUCUCUUCAUUUUGUGCACAGCAGCUAUUCUCUGCAGUGGCUCUCUGCGUUGCCUGAGGAGUUGAGUGACAAGAACUCUCCGGCGUGGAACAAGGGGAGAGUUCACUACACCAGUGCACCUGACGAAGUGUUUCAGGCUUAUUCAACUCAAUUUGCUGAGGACAUGAAGAAGUUUUUGAAUGCUAGAGCAAAAGAGCUUGUGCCUGGAGGAAUGAUGGUGCUAAUCUUAUCUGGCAUUCCUAAAGGGAUGCCUUAUUCUCAGCUCCCUGCUGGUACCAUGUAUGACUUGCUUGCAUUGAUCCUCAUGGAUAUGGCUGCAGAGGGCCUUAUUGAUGAAGAUCAAGUGGACUCCUUCAACUUGCCUUUUUAUGCUGCUUCACCGGAGGAGAUGGCAGGGUUGAUAGAGGGAAAUGGAUAUUUCAGCAUAGAGAGGAUGGAGUUGACGAACCCAGCAACAUGGUUGAAAGGCCCGGUUGACAUAAGAACAUGGAUUAUGCACGUCAGGGCUGCCAUGGAGGGAAUGUUCAUCAAACACUUUGGAAGGGAGAUUAUGGAUGAAAUGUUUGAACGUUUGAUUGCUAAACUUGCUGACUUUUCUGCCCACCUUGAGUCAAGAUCCCAGGAAAGAGUUCAACUUUUUCUUGUAUUAAAGCGUAUAUGA